AUGAAUGCACGAAGCAAGGCACGAUUAGUCGACUACUCGGAUACCGAAGAUGAAACAGAGUCGGACGUCUUAUCAGGGCCAUCGUCUACCGGUCCCCAAGACAAAGAUGGAUUCGCUCAAAUAGUGCUUGGACUGCAGCAACAGUAUACGGAUGAAGUCCGAGUGCUGCAGUCACGGCAAGAAGCCACAGACCGAGACAUGGUACUGUAUAUGGAACAAGUGAAUAAAAGACUGCAGAGGCAGGACAACGUCAUAGUUUCAAUCAUCAAGAAAGUGUUCGGUGUCCAACCUCUGGAUCCGGUAGUGAGGGAUUUUACGCAGCAAGCCGGCAAUACUGAUGGCUGUGAAAAGGGUGCGGCACUGCCAUCGCCCUCUCCCACACCACCUGCUCUCGUCCAGAGACGUGAUGUGCCGCCUUCGGAGCGGAAAUCCACCCAGUCGUCGUCUGUAAUUCAGACAGCCAAGCCUCCAGUUGCUAGUGAGGUUCAAGAGCAACAGUCAACGGCUGCUGAGGCGUCGCCUCCAUCGGUAAGAAGCACCGGUAAGAAAGCGCCUAGGCCGCGGCCGGUCGCGGCGAGUCGAAGACCAUAUCAACCCCCGAGAAGACCAAAAAGGAAAGAUGGCGGUGUCGAUGGCAGCGAAGACCUCCGAGGGGAGGCGUCGGAGAUGGAACCCGGAGAGGCACCGGGCGUCAGACCCCACAAAGUCGAGCAAGUGGCCGAUCUUGCUGUUGACGGGAGCAUUGUUCGGCGUGAAAAGUCUCGGCAAAAAGUACUAUCCACGCGGGACGCUAUCAACCCGUACGAUGACCCGAAAUACUUCAGUCCACUGACCAUCAUCGACGACGACGGAGUUGGACGGCCGAUAUUCAAGUUCUAUCCGCAUCCGCUGACAGUCGAAGAGCAGUGGGCAGAAUAUAGGUAUGGUCUCCAUGGCCAGGAGCCCGUCGAAUUGCUGGAGAAGAAAUACCGGGCCAAGUGGCGGAACGGCACAUACGGGCGCUCGUGGUUCACUCGCCGAAAGGCUUUCUGGGACAAGAUGAAGGGUUUGCUGGCUCAGGGCCACACGGAAGCGGAAGCGUUGGCGUUGCUGAGAGACCUUGGGAACGGAAGCGUGCCGACUGUGGUUGCCAUUCUGUGCAAAGAACGUGGGGAGGGAACGCGCCCAGGGAGACAAAAAUCCCGGGACUGCUCGGUAGGCGACUACUCGGUAUGCGGCAGUAAACACCCGAGGGAUGACAGCUCCAACGAGGAAGAGAGUGUUCUGAGUGAAUCAGAGGCUGACGAAAUCCCGAGGGCCACCCGACCUAAUCGGUUGAGGCUUCGGAAAAGGCUUGUUGUCUCCAUGGACACUAUGGAUGGGGUUGUUGAACCUAGGUCGGCUGUAAACUAUGGGCAAGAGGCCGAUGGAUUAGACGAAAAAUGA